AUGGCUUCAAUCGUCGACUCUUUUAAGCAGCUAUGUAUCUCCCAAGAUACUGAUUCUCCAACCGCAGAGGUGAAGUCUUUGGUUUUCAAGCCAAAGACUCCAAAGUCUGCCACUCCAGUACCUAUUUUGGUUGUCGCUUUGGCUGAAACUAAGACUCCUGCAAAUUUGAUUGCGAGCGAAACUAAUUCAAAGGAUCCAAGAUUGGCAAGAGACGAUGUCUUCAAAUCUUUCUUCAAUGUCGACAAUGGGAAGUUGUUCAAUUUAAGCCAUUUGCUGAAUUUAUCUGCAUCUAGUGAAAUUCAAAUUUUGAUCGAUCAGGAACUUGUUAACAGAAAGGAUUCAGAUCUCGUCUUCAAAUUGAAUGAUGAAAUCAAAAUCACGGGUGCCAACCUAGUUGACGGAUUCCUGUUAAAUGACUCAAACGGUUUCCACAAGUUCGCCAAAAUUGUUGAUUUCUCAAAAGAGGUCGAAUCUCCUUCUCCUCAAGAAACCGCUGAAGCUAAAAAACAACAACAAAAGAAGAAGAAAGAAGCAGCUGCUACUGCAAAGAUCGAGGACGCCAAGUUGAUUGGUAUCACAGUCGACAAAGCUUUGGACUUCCCAGGUUGGUACCAACAAAUUUUAACCAAAGGUGAAAUGUUGGAUUAUUACGAUGUCUCAGGUUGCUAUAUUUUAAGACCUGCUUCUUAUGCUAUUUGGGAGAAAAUUCAAGAAUAUUUCGAUGCCAAGAUUAAGAAGAUUGGCGUUAAGAAUGCAUAUUUCCCAAUGUUCGUCUCGUCAAGAGUCCUAGAAAAGGAGAAAGAUCACAUUGAAGGUUUCGCUCCGGAAGUUGCCUGGGUUACAAAGGCUGGUUCUUCUGAUUUGGAGGAACCGAUCGCAAUCAGACCUACUUCAGAAACUGUCAUGUAUCCAUAUUACUCUAAAUGGAUUAAAUCUCAUAGAGAUUUACCAUUGAAGCUGAAUCAAUGGAACUCGGUCGUUAGAUGGGAGUUUAAACACCCACAACCUUUCCUAAGAACAAGAGAAUUCUUAUGGCAAGAAGGUCACACUGUCUUCUUAACUAAAGAAGAAGCCGAAAGUGAAGUCUUACAAAUUCUAGACUUUUACGCUGGUGUCUACGAAGAAUUAUUAGCUGUCCCAGUCGUCAAGGGUAAGAAAACUGAAAAGGAAAAAUUUGCGGGUGGUGAAUUCACUACUACUGUUGAAGGCUAUAUCCCACAAACAGGAAGAGGUAUCCAAGGUGCCACCUCCCAUCACUUGGGCCAAAACUUCUCUAAGAUGUUUAACAUCACUGUCGAGAACCCAUUAGGUACCGAACAUCCAAAGGUUUUCGCACACCAAAACUCAUGGGGUUUAUCCACAAGAGUCAUCGGUGUCAUGACUAUGAUUCAUUCUGAUAACAAGGGUUUGGUCAUCCCACCAAGAGUCUCCCAAUACCAAGCUGUUGUUAUCCCAUUAGGUAUCACCAGCAAAACUUCUGAAGAACAACGUAAGGCUAUUCAUGAGUCCGCUAAGAAGGUUGAAGCACGUUUACUUGAAUCUGGUAUUAGAAUCUUCGGUGACUAUAAUGAUAACUACACUCCAGGUUGGAAAUUCUCUCAAUACGAAUUAAAGGGUGUUCCAAUUCGUAUUGAAAUGGGUCCAAAGGAUAUCGAACAAAACCAUGUCACUGUUGUUAGAAGAAACGAUUCUAAAAAAUACACUGUUCCAUUAGAUGAACUGGAAAAGCGUAUUCCAGAAAUUUUAGACGAAUUACAUGAUUCUUUAUACUCAAAGGCUAAAGAAUCUUUCGAUGAACACAGAGUUCAAGUUAGCGAAUGGAAAGAGUUCGUUCCAGCCUUAAACAAGAAAAACGUUAUUGUAGCUCCAUGGUGUGGUGUUAUGGAAUGUGAAGAAGAUAUUAAGGAAUCUUCUGGUAAACAAGAUGACGGUGAAGAAAUAGAAGUUGAUGAUAAAUCUCCAAGCAUGGGUGCUAAAUCACUAUGUAUUCCAUUCGAACAACCAGAAUUGAAGCCAGGUCAAAAGUGUAUUAAAUGUGACCGUGAAGCUGUUAAUUUUACAAUGUUUGGUCGUUCUUACUAA